GAGGGGAAAUUGGCUGUUAACAGAAGUGGGAGAGGGGGCGAAAACUGUUCACGGUGGUGAAAGAGUGAAAGAGUUGAGAUCCGUAAUCGUUGGCGAACGUAACGUAGUGACAAAUUUCUCACCCUCGGCCGCGGCUGGACAAAAUCGCGUGUUGCACCACGCACAUUUUAGGCUCGGGGCGAGGCGUCGAGUGCAUCCCCAUCUGCGCCGAGUGGCUGCAAGCGUAGAUACAUACCUCUAGAGCAGCACAAAAAUGUUUCGGCUCGAGAGCCAGAGGAUCCUGUCGCCGGCGCAGCUGAAGCGGCUCUCGGAACACAAAUACAGCUGUGCCAGUGAGUCGCUAAUCGACCCUAUUCUGCAACCCUACUGGAACAAAUUGACGAGUUUCCUGCCCCUGUGGCUGGCGCCCAACCUGAUCACCACCGCAGGGUUGAUCGUCAACAUCCUCACCACACUGGUGCUCGUGUGGUACUGUCCAGACGCCAAGUCCGAGGCACCUCGGUGGGGAUGUUUUCUGUGCGGCCUGGGCCUGUUUAUUUACCAAAGUCUGGAUGCCAUUGAUGGCAAGCAAGCCAGAAGAACGGGAACGUCGAGUCCCUUGGGUGAACUGUUUGACCACGGAUGUGACUCGAUAUCAACCGUGUUUGUCGCUUUGUCGGCGUGCAUUGCUGUCCAACUGGGAGAGAAGCCAGGAUGGAUGUUCUUCCAGUGCUUUUUAGCAAUGACAAUGUUCUACUUUUCCCACUGGCAAACCUAUGUCUCUGGAACCCUGAAAUUCACCAAAGUUGACGUGACGGAGGCUCAGUGCACCAUCAUGGGCAUACAUAUGAUUUCUGCUAUCUUUGGUUCAAGUAUUUGGGCUACAAAGCUACCUUAUUUGGAAAGUGAGUUGCGAGUAACCGCCCACUACCUGGCGGUGGCCAUUGCCCUGGGGAUAGCUUACUCUUGCUUGUCAAUCAUCAUGACUGGAGGCGCUGGCAAAAACGGCUCCACCGUGGCAGGCACCAGUGUUCUUUCGCCAGUCAUCCCCUUUGGUCUGGUGGUCGUCCCAGCUAUCGUGAUCAGUGCAAUGAGCACACAGCACGUGUACGAAGCCCAUCCAACUCUGUACAUUCUUGCCUUUGGCAUGGUCGCAGCUAAAGUCACAAACAGACUUGUGGUUGCCCACAUGACAAAGAGUGAAAUGGAGUAUUUGGACACUGUUUUGCUGGGCCCCCUGAUGCUCUUUCUCAACCAGUACUUCAAAUCUUUCCUGCCCGAGUACUAUGUACUCUGGGGCUGCAUGCUUUGGGCCACAUUUGACUUGCUGCGGUACUGUCGGCAAGUGUGUCUUGAGAUUUGCGACUUCCUCAACAUAGAGCUGUUCCACAUCAAGCCAGUACUCGCCAGCAAAGAUGGUGAGAAAAAUGGUACGGCAAUUCGAGGUCCUCAAGCAAGACCGUCGGUCGGUGGCAAGGCUGGUCGACACCACCACUAACACCCGCUUGCCCCAUUGACUUACUGGAUGUCUGUUACGUGUAAUGCCAAAGGUUCUAGUUGCCACACACACACUCACACUCUCGCACUAAAUCACACUCAGUCCUUCACGGUCAUUGAAUGUUUCUGGAUCGUUCAUUAUGCAUAUUAUACAAUUAUUUUUGCGCAGCCUAGUAUUUUUGUUACGGCGUACAUUGUUUUUAUUUUUUCUAUCUAGUGCGAAACAAUUGAUUUAUUUGGUAAUCUCCUUGAUUUGGAUUGCUGUUGUUAAAAGAGUCUAACUUUGAAGCAUUUUUAGAAUUAGUUUCAGGUCAAACAGGGAUUAGUUUCUCCUGUGAUUGGCGGGCAAUGCGCCAACAAGUAAAACGCAAUUAACUCACCAUAUUAAAUCAAAUUCUGGACUUGAUCCAGCCUAAGAGUUUGAACAGAGGUUAAAAUUGGUUCUGACCAGCUUGUAAGAUGUUUAUGUGAUACGUACUAAAAAUGUUAAGCAAGUGUUCUCCGCUGGGAGUGUUAUAUGGGCGUAGUGUAUUUCUGAUCAGUCUUGCGUCAUACAUAAUCAAGUGAUAUUUAUUUGAGAAACAAAAUCUUUGUUCUUCUUGUUCAGAAACUUGAGCUUCUUUCGAUAUCCUGGAAAUGUGUGUACCAAACUCGCCGUUAAAUGUCCAAGGCGUGCUAGGAGCUGACAUGUUAAUGUUUAGUUGUGAUCCAUGUUGGAGAUAAUUAUGUAAUCGGACUUGCAAGAAUGAAUAAAAUUAGGUUUUUAUAACACUCA